AUGAAUCCUGCAAGACUUUUCACCCGGUCAGUAUUUGGCCGGAGCUUCACGACACCGUUGUCGCGCCGCUGUGCAUCCUCCUCGACCAACGAGCGAGUACAUUCCAAUGUCGAGGAACAUCGAAAAUACCAGAAAGAGAAGCAAGAUAACCCUCACCUGACCAAUACCAACUCAACGAUUACCAACGAUAUCCCUUCCGUGGGAGCAGACAAAGCACCUCCCGAGAUGAUCAGCUCAGUUGACCCUGAUUAUACACCAAAGGACAACAUCCCAGAAAAGACGCAGAAGUUGACUGGUGGGACCCAGGAGAGUAAUCCCGACAAAGUAAGCCCGUCCGAAUAUGGCGUUGGUCAAAUGGAAGGCAUAUCAUUCCGAGUGGAACCCUUGAAAAGAACCGGAGAAGAUGUCACCACCAUGAGAGCGAGAUUAUUAUACCAAAGCAGGAAGCGGGGGACAUUAGAGUCUGAUCUUCUACUUUCCACCUUUGCGGCAGCCAAUCUUUCCUCCAUGAAUAAGGGUCAGCUCCAAACAUACGACAGCUUUCUAGACGAGAACGAUUGGGAUAUAUAUUACUGGGCCACUCAGUCUCCUGCUAAUACACCAACAUCACUUGAAUCUGCCGAGGGUGCUGUUGCCGACAACCAGACCAAGGAUACCGCACACAGUUCACCUGCUAGUCCAGGGCAAACCCAAGAGACAGAUGCAUGGAGACAAGGCGCGCCUCGAAGUGGCGAGUGGGCUCAGACCGUCGGCACAUUCAAACCUGCAUAUAGACCCGUGCCGCAACGCUGGAAGGACAGUGAGAUUUUGAGGCUACUACGACAGCAUGUGAAGGACCGCAGUGCGGGAGGCAUUCUCGGUGACGUGAAGAAGGACCCCAACAGCAAAGGUGGUGGCCUCGGUCGAAUGCCUGAAGUUCAACUGUUUGAUUGA